CACCCUCAGUACAAAAGAAGACUCAACCCUCGCCCCCCAAAGUCUCGUCUCUUCCAUUUCUUACAUCUUCCUCAAUCCUUCGCUUCGUUGACUCGCUAAUCGAUCUUCGUCGAACCCAAAAAAAAAAAAAAACAAUUCAAGAUCGCUGAAAGUCAGCUUUAUUUUCUUCACUAUAAGAUCUAGUUGAAUCUUAACCUCAAACUUUCGAUUCGAAGCUCAAAUCACUGAAAUCGAACCUUCUUCAGAUCUGGUGGAUUUGUUUUCGAUUUUCAUUUUGUCGUUCGUGAAAUGUCGGUUUCAUCGAAAGGAGAUUCGGUUCAAAUUAGAGAGGUUUGGAACGAUAAUCUCGAUGAAGAAUUUGCAUUGAUCCGUGAAAUCGUUGACCAAUUCAACUUUAUAGCUAUGGAUACUGAGUUUCCUGGAGUUGUUCUUCGUCCUGUAGGGAAUUUCAAAAACAUCAACGAUUAUAACUACCAGACUUUGAAGGAUAACGUUGAUAUGUUGAAGCUGAUUCAGUUAGGUCUCACUUUCUCUGAUGAGAACGGAAACCUACCUAACUGUGGUACUGAUAGUUCCUGCAUCUGGCAAUUCAACUUCCGGGAAUUCAACGUCAGCGAAGACAUCUUUGCCAGCGAUUCUAUCGAGCUGUUGCGUCAAUGUGGAAUUGAUUUCAAGAAGAACAGCGAGAAAGGGAUUGACGUGAACCGAUUUGCCGAGCUUCUCAUGUCGUCGGGGAUUGUGUUGAAUGAUGAUGUGCAUUGGGUUACUUUCCAUAGUGGUUAUGAUUUUGGUUACCUUCUGAAGCUGUUGACGUGCCGAACUUUGCCAGACACACAAACUGGAUUUUUCGACAUGAUCAAGAUUUAUUUUCCUGUGGUGUAUGAUAUCAAGCAUUUGAUGAAGUUCUGUAACAAUCUUCACGGUGGUUUGAACAAGCUUGCGGAGUUGUUGGAUGUUGAAAGGGUUGGUGUUUGCCAUCAAGCUGGAUCAGAUAGUUUACUCACUGCUUGUACAUUUAGGAAGUUGAGGGAUGCAUUCUUCAAUGGCGAAACAGAGAAAUAUUCUGGUGUGUUGUAUGGUUUAGGUGUUGAGAAAACAGACUAAUUGUGAAAGAAAGAAACUAUAAUUGGUUGUAGAGAGUACGUCUUUUAAGUGUGAACCCUUUUUUUUUACUUGUGUACACUUCUACCAGAAAGAAAAUGGUUGUUGUUUACUUGUAACAUUUCAUCAUCUUUGCUUGAAUUGUAACUGAAAAAACAUUAGCUUGUUUUGUUAGCCUGAGUUCUUUGUAAAUCACUUCAGUUUAGUGUUUCAAUAAUAAUUUAUCAUGAUUCCUUUUC